AUGUCAUCACUCUUCCUGCAGAACGGGUUCCUCGAGUUCAUACAGACGCCGCACCCAAUGACCAACACUGUCGGCGCCUUCUGGAGGAUGGUGAAGGACUCAGGCUCAAGCACCAUUGUCAUGAUCAUGCCCACCAAGGCUGACCAGAGGGAGUUCCCACGUUACUGGCCCCUGACCGGUGAAACCCACUUAUACGACGCCAACACCUCCUCCCCUAUAUGGGUUGGGAACAGUCUCGAGGGUAAGUUCCAAGACUACCUGCACGAACAGCAGCAGAUGGAGGAAGAAAUGGAGCGACGGCGACGACUUAAAGAAGAACAGGAUGAAAUACAGCGGCAGCGAGAUGAAGAAUGUGAAAGGAUAAAACAGAGACAACAAGAAGCGAUAAGAAAGGAAUAUCAAGAGGCGAUGAAGCGGUGGGAAGAGAUCAAGAGAAGAGACCAACAGGAGAUGGAACAGAAACAACAGAUGCAGCAUAAAGAACAGAUGCAGCAUCAAGAGCAACAGGGGCUGGAACAAGAGCAACGGGAGCUGGAACAAGAGCAACAUAUGCAGCAUCAAGAGCAACAGGAGCUGGAACAAGAGCAACAGAUUCAACAUCAAGAGCAACAGGGGCUGAAACAAUGGCAACUGAUGCAGCAUCAAGAGCAACGGGAGCUGGAACAAUGGCAACAGAUGCAACAUCAAGAGCAACAGAUGCAACACCAAGGACAACAGAUGCAGCAUCAAGAGCAACAGGGACUGGAACAAUGGCAACAGAUGCAGCAUCAAGAGCAACGGGAGCUGGAACAAUGGCAACAGAUGCAACAUCAAGAGCAACAGAUGCAACAUCAAGGACAACAGAUGCAGCAUCAAGAGCAACAGAUGCAGCAUCAAGAGCAACAGAUGCAACAUCAAGGACAACAGGUGCAUCAUCAAGAGCAACAGAUGCAGCAUCAUGAACAACAGGAGCUGGAACAGGAGCAACAGAUGCAUCAAGAGCAACAGGAGCUGGAACAAGAGCAGCAGAUGCAACAUCAAGGACAACAGGUGCAUCAUCAAGAGCAACAGGAGCUGGAACAAGAACAACAGAUGCAGCAUCAAGAGAAACAGGAUCUGGAACAAGAGCAACAGAUGCAUUAUCAAGAGCAACAGGAGCUGGAACAAAAACAACGGAAACAUAGUAGUAGUGUUAGUAGCAGUAGUAGUAGUAAUGGUGGUGGUAGAAGUAGGAGCAGUGAUGCCACACUCUUGACGACAGAAGCAUUGUCGGGUAUUAAGAGCAGCAGUUAG